UUGUCUGCACCCUUUAGUUGGUUGUGUAACUGUGAAAAUGUGGUCUUAGAGAAUAUUUACAAAUUCCUCCUUAAGCCCUUUAUAGAUAUUCUUUUUUUUCCUUCUUUCUUUUUUUAACCCUGGCCUUCCAUAAGAUCAGUGUCUUUCCUAUUACACAUUGCUGUGGUAGAGGGGAAUAAGAUGAGAAGAGUACUAUUGAUGCUCUCUGUCCUUCCCUCCUGUAGUAGAUGCUUGCAUAUUGCUGGAGCUGCCAUGUCGGAAGGAGAGAGCAAGGACAGUGUGGGCAGUGAGUGUCCUGUGUGCUAUGAGAAGUUUCGGGACCUAGAAGGAGCCAGCCGGACACUGAGUUGCGGCCAUGUCUUCUGCCAUGACUGCCUCGUCAAGUACCUGCUUUCAUGCAAAGUGGACGGACAGAUCCAAAAGACCAUCGUCUGCCCUAUUUGCCGCUAUGUCACCUUCCUCAGUAAGAAGAGCUCCCGCUGGCCCUCAUUAUCAUCGGAAAAGAGCCCUCAGACCUUGACAGUCCCUGUGGGUUUGGAUAACCUGCCUUCUCUGGAUGCUUUGGGACACACAAACCCUCUGACCAUUCCCCAUCCUCUCUGGGUUCCUUCUCAGAGCCAGACAAGAGUCCCCCAACUUCCCAGGGACUUGCUACCCAACUUAGUCCGAGAGCCCCAGAUCUUCAUCAUCAGUAGACAUGGGAUGCCACUAGGGGAAGAAGACAGUGUGCUGCCUAGGCAGAGUCUAGGUGACCUCUCAGAAGCAUCUCCAGCACCAAGCUCUUCCUGCUCACAUUGUUGCCGUUCUCGAAUGUUGCUGCUGAUCACUUUUAUUACAGUGGUGGCUGUGAUAGCUACUAUCCUGCCCUGGGUCCUAUUGGUGAGGAAGGAGGCAUGACU